UUCGCACGGUCUAUUCCAUCCUAGUUACAUCCAAAAAUCAGCCGGUCAUGGAGAUCAAUGGGUGCGAUGAACAUCAGAAUGAGGAAAUACUUGCAGAGAGGUGAAGGCGCAUAUGGCAAAGUGUACAGGACCAAAGAGGUCUGCAAUGCAAUCAACAGCGACUUGUAGCGGUGAAGAAGUUGAACAUACCCGGAGACACGGAGAGUGGGAUUCCUGCUUUCAUGAUCCGGGAGGUGGCGCUCUUGCGUAAUAUCGGGUAUUUCAACCAUCCCAACAUUGUAAAGUGGUGACACUGUGGUACAGGGGCCCUGAGGUGCUGCUCCACUCUGGUUAUAUGUCCUCCAGCGCCGGCUGCAUUUUUACCAAACUGUUCCUUUUGAUACCAUUGUUCUGUGCAGACGCUGAGGCUCAGCAGCUCCAGAAAAUCUUUGAGGUGAUUGGCUUGCCCAGCGAGGAGGACUGGCCCAGGGAGAGCCCCAUCUCCUACACCUGUAGCUGGUGCCCCAGAGACCCCUGCACCCAGCUCUUAUCCAACCUGGGCCAGGAGGAGAACAACCUGCUCCUUCACAAUGUCUAGAGUUCAGCCCGGCCAAUCGCAUCUCAGAGCUUCCAGAGCCCUCUCCCACCCUUUACUGGUGUGCGCCUGAGUACUCACAACCUGGCACGAUGUGGAGAGAAGAAGGGAGAGCUGGGACAGAGGUUCAUUCCUAGCCUAUAGAACACUGAGGCUUCCCGUGCCGUAAGAUGUGAUGUACCUAUAUCAAAAUGUUGAAUUUUGGAAUGGAAAUAAAAAGUAAGUGAAAAUAUUAAAAAGGUAAAUCUGCAGGUUAAGCAAUAAAGUGGGCAUCCUGCCACUGUUUUGGUUAAAAAAAAGUUGAGGGGUGGAAAAAUUGAAUCUCAAAUUCAUAGACAGAGCUAAGACUGAGCAUGCAUGAUAUCAAAAUUAUAGAUUUAAACCAUGUUUAAAGCUAUAUAGUGUUUGUUUACAAUUACCUUAUUUACAAACAAUGGAGUAAAACAGGCUUAUUAGUUGGGCUCCGAUGGGGUACGACAGUUGAACUAAGCUAAUUAGGUAUUUCUAAGUUAUAUUCUUCAACAAUCAAUGGGUAUAUAUCAUCAAUUUAAAAGUCAAAACAUUUAUGUAGCAUGUCCCCAUUAAAGAUAAUUUGUUCAACAUGAAUUUCCAAAUAUUGAUUGGUUUUAUCUGAAAUGCAUUUCUGAAGACUAGUUUCGUGUUUUGAAAAAACACAUUUAAUAUCAAGUGAUGUAGAAACUGCGGUUCUUAUGGCAUGAAAACCCAAAGUGGAAGGAAAAGGAAAGUUGACCGUGAUUUAAAUUACAACAAAUAUAUUGCUUUACUACAACAAAUUUCAUAACAAAGUUUAUAGCUAGAAUCCUUAGUUGCUACAUCCAUUUUUUUUAACUUAUAAAAGAAUAAUAUAUAACCAUUCAUUUUGAAGAAUGUAAAUUAUAAAUGCCUCAUGAGCUUAGUUCAGCUGUAGUACCCCAUCAGAAACCAAAAUAUAAGCUUGUUUAACUCCAAUGUUUGUGAACGAUGUAAAUGUAAACACUCUAUAACCUCAAGACACGGGUAAACUAUAAUUUUUAUAUCAGAGAUGGUCAGUCUUUGCAUCCAACUUUGAAUUUGAGAGUGGUUACAUUUUCCCCAUGCCUAUCCUUCAACUCUUAACCAAAACAGAGGCAUGGGUGCCCACUUAGUUAUUGCUUCAAUUUAAAAAAGAAAAUGCGUUGUUGAUUGAUUCGUUUUCCACUCUGUAUUUGAUACCAGACGGUCAGAAUGCAGAAACGAGCUGCUAGAACUUUUUGCAGGUGAACAAAAUCUUAAUCAUUCAGAAUGUGUGCGCUUUCAUUUAUUACUGAGGGAUAUUGCUGCUGUUACAGGUGCUAUUAUUCAUCUCAAGUUGCUACAAGGGAAUGACACUACUGUAUGAGCAUAUAAGUGAAUGCAUUGUUUAAUUUUUAUUGUUCCAAAUGCACAUUUGGUUCUUUAUGGCCCUUUUUUAAAAUUUCAUAUAUAUUCUCUGUUUAGAUACUUGGAAAGGUCAUACCUGUACAUAGGUUUUCUUUUUAAGUUUUGAGGUGCCAUUUUAAUGUUAGGUUGCAUUUUUUUCAGGGCGGAGAACAUUCUGCGAUCUUGUUUUAAUUGAGCAAAUGUAAAUUCAUUUCAGUGUGAGUACUUUAGACAAUGUUACUGUUUUCAUUUCAUUCAUUCUAUUGAGCAGCACCUGUUAACUGUUAUUGGAUCUGGUUUGACAAUUCGACCCUCAUCUUACGUCAUGUUUCCAAAUGUCUGUUGUACUAUUUUGUAUAAGAGACAUGGCUAUAGGUUUAUCCCACCUCCACGAUGGCCACACAGGGUCAAGUGCAAUCAUGUUUAUAAGGUCAGAUAUAUUCUUACUGUUCAAGACCUGAAGUGGCCCAAGCUAGAGUAUGAAUCAAACUUCAGACUUCCUCUGGCAUGGGACUGCCAGUGCUGCAUCCUAACUUGUUGCCUAAUUUGUGCAAAGGCCUCUGUCCUAGCUCUCUGUUCUGAUCCCCCUUUCAAUGUAUUCUGGUCCUUGUACCCAGUUAAUUUAAAGGCAGAGUCAGCGAUAUCACGUAGAUGCACAAAGUAAACAGCGUAGUGGGUUAAUUUACGCAAAAACUAAGAGCAUUGGAGCGCAAUGCUAUACUUCUCCACUGUUUUGGUCCCGUGGCUACCACGUUGUAAGAGUGUGAUGCGAACCUGUGCGCAAGCGCAGAUACUAUUUGAGAGCAAAGUUUUGCAUCAGGCUUAUCUUGCAUCUCACUCAUUGCAGUGUUUGCGUUGCUGUUUGUGCAAAGUCAUUUCGGUGACUACCUUUAAGUGAAAUGGCAAAGUGCCUGUUUGGGCACUCGAGGCAGUGUUCUAUACUGAGAGGUGGUAGGGUACUUCUCCAAUUUGUUUGCCUUACGGUAUUUAGUGAUAACUUUCAAACAGUUGAAUUUUAUUCCUGGGUCCUAUUUGGAUAAAUACAAGUGUCUUUAGGGUUCAAGUUAUCUUUAUUCAAGCGUAUCUUGAUCCAUGAAAUGGCCAGACUUGACAUUGUAGAUGUAUGUAGCAUAUGUUGUAGCAAAGAAAUAAAACAAAUCCAAUCAUAGCUUAAGAAAUAGAGAAGACAUUGCUGCUAACUUUAUCUGCGCUAUUGACAGUGUGCUGACAUUUGACUGGUUCUGUCAAUUGCUGUCUAUAGCCCGCUCAGCCUUGGCCCCUGCAUGUGGCAUGCAGCAGCGCCUAGGCGAAGGGAGGGUGUUUAUAUUUGUAACAGGGACAGGCUGCGCUCGCCGUAAAUGGGCUUCCACGCUCUCUGUUGCAGCGGCGCACAAAUGCCCAUUCCCUGCUGUUGUUAGUGACCAUAGCCGGUCCCCUACGAUUCGAGUACAUGCUGCUAGAGGAAGAGGCGAAACGCAAAAGCUGAUGUGAAGACAGACGACAGAGCCAAGAUGAGUGUGGCGGACAAGAUGUCUUUGUUUAAAGCGCUAGAGAAGACAGCAGCCCCUGAGGCCUCCUCCUUUCUGAAGCCUCGCUCUGUCAGCGCCACGUAUGAACGCAGAGGACGCCGCGGCAACGAGCACCGCUCACUCACUCAGCCAAUUACCUGUGAGGAGGUGGUGGUGGCCACCAGCAGCACCCCCCAGCCAGCAGAGUCAGGCGAGGCCCAGGCUGUGCAGGCCGAGGCGGAGGCGGUGGAGGACGAUGAGAACAGUAAGCUGACUAUGAGCGAGAAGCUGGCUCUGUUCAACAAGCUGUCUGUGCCAGGGAACCAGGGGGAUGCCACUCCCCAUGUCCCCUCAGAGAGACGCAGGCAGAAGGGGGCACGCUACCGCACACAGCCCAUCACCGUGGAGGAGGUCAGUCUGCUCCAGAAAGGCCCCAUCCAGCUGCCCCCGCUGCGCCUGUCCCCCACCCUCGCCGACCGGCAGCAGGAGCAGUCCGUCAACCUGAGGCCCAGUGAGGUGCGCCAGGCCCAGCCUCGACCCGGGGCCGACGUGGAGCCUAACACAGGACCUGACCCGUCCCAGCAGGGCCAGCAGCAGCGCAGGGACUCUGAGCCAGGAGAGAUCAGAGGCAUCCUGAGGAAGAGCCCCUCUGGAGGACCAGAAUGGGACCGAGACAGAGACACUAUGAGGGAGGGCAGACAGCAGGACCAGAGUGGAGGAGGGGAGAGGGGGAAUGGGGUGGAGGAGAGGAGGGCAGAGAGACAUGAUAACGUACCAGUGCCUCGUAGAGAGAGACCAGCCUCCUCGGCCCCCUGGAGACAGAGGAACAGGAACAGGAGGGAGACGGUGGCCGUGUGUAGCCCAGCCAGGCCCUCCUCAGAGCAGGGUCACCCCCAGGAGGAGAGGCAGAUGCACCCCCCUGGGAACACCACUGGGAGAGACAGGUUGUCAGAUGCUUCCAGGGAGGAGGAAGAGGAGGAGAGGGGGAGCAGGGUGAGGAGAGACACCCCUCCUAGACAACACGUCCAGGUGACCUUGGCGGGCCAGAGGAAGGAAGACAGUGAGAUCUCCCAUGAUGCACCAGCUGUCAACCCUCAGUGCUGGGAUCCUGUCUUUUCCUCUGUCUAUUCGAACAGUACACCUCAAUAUGUCAUGUGUUACAAUCAGACCAGCUCUUCCUAUGAGGCCCAGGAGGUCUCCUCUCCUACCCAGACCCUCUCUCAGCCCCAAUGGAGACAGAAGCACGCUAGACCAGUAGAAGAGGAGGAGCUGCCACAGGUGUCGGUGGCUGAGCGCAUGAGAACCCUACAGGAGAGUGAGGAGCAGUGGAAGGCCAGAGGGGGAGGGGCCGCCAACGGCUCAGCCCAGUACACUGUGGCCGGACGCAUGGCAAAGAGAGAUUUGGUGUCCCCUGUAUCGGACAUACACGAGACCCAUCCAUCUCACACUAAGAGACCCUCCACAGGAGCCACAGCAACAGCAUGCCCAUGUGAAGAGAUCUCCAGUCACCCUGGGAUGGAGGUGGAAGAGGAUACAAAGCUGGACAAACUGAAUUCCAUUGUGGACAGGCUGAAUACCACUCCCCAUGACCGGGAGACGUGUGGUGGUUUCUACAGGGAGGUGUUGCCCCCCUCACCCUCUGCCCUCACUGCUGGGGCUGGUGCUGCCAAUGGAACUGACCCGGAACAGGACCUCAGUGCCCUCUGCCAGACCAACACACCCAUGCUGACAUCAGAAGUAGCGCAGCACAGGCGGUCGGUGCGUCCGUCCCGUAGGACCCAGGGCUCCCGGAACCCUCUGCGUGCUCUGGCGGCCCGCGAUGACAUCAGACAGGACUUCAUGGGAGAGAGAGUCACCAUGGCUACCAUGAACACUAACAGGACACAAGUGGAGAAGAUGGCCAAGAAUUCCAACAUGGCUGACUCAACUCUAGCAGGUCUGGCCAGUACAGAGGACUUCAGUAAUGUUGAUCUGCGUGAUGUCACUUCCACAGAGUCAAUGACGAACAACAACAACCUGCCCAUCAGCAACCUCAUGCUCAUUCACAUCAAAGGUUGGCAUCAUGUGCAAGUGCGUCUAGUGGAGCCCACAGCCAGGUCUCUGAACAGUGGAGACUGCUUCCUGCUGGUCACACCCACUCACUGCAUCCUCUGGAGCGGAGAGUUUGCCAACACAGCAGAGAAAGCCAAGGCGUCAGAGCUGGCAUCGUUGAUCCAGACCCAGGGGGAUCUGGGCUGCCGGGCCUGUGGGGUCAUCCACCUAGAGGAGGGGGUCAAUACUGACAACAGCCUGGCCUCUGACUUCUGGAACCUUCUGGGAGGAAAGACACAAUACGGAGGAGCGGGAGCCCCAGAAGAGGAUGAGCUGUAUGAGAGUGGGGUGGUGGAGUCUAACUGUUUGUACAGGCUGGUGGAGAACAGACUGGUACCCCAUGAGCAGGCCUGGGCAGCCAUCCCUACUGUCUCCCUACUGGGAUCCACUGAGGCCCUGGUGUUUGACUUUGGCAGCGAGGUGUACCUGUGGCAUGGGAAGGAUGUUGUCCCUGGCGACAGGAGUGUGGCUGUACAGCUGGCCCAGCAGGUGUGGGGUGGUCCCUACGACUACAGCAACUGUAGGGUCAACCCACUGGACCCCACACACUGCAACCCCAGCAUAGAGCCGCAAGGUGAAAGACGGCCCGGCUGGGCUCUGUUUGGCUGUGUCUCUGAGCACAAGGAGACAGCCCUCUUCAGGGAGAAGUUUCUGGACUGGACUGGAGAUAAGGAGGAGACCGCUGCAAUGGUGGUGGAGGAGGCACAGACUGCCAUGCCAGUGUGGCCCCAGCAGAGUCCCCUGCCCCAGCAGCCCCAGCAGCAGAUAGAGUGUGUGUCUCUGUGUGCGUGUGAUGCCAAGGCGCUGGUGGCAGGGCAGGGGGUGGCGGUGCCAGGGGACGGGGCGGUCCCUACAGUCCUGGGGGGGGUGGACGUUCAGAGGGGGCAUGGUAUCGUACCCCUGGAGGACGGGCGGCAGGUGGAGCUGAUCACUGUUGCCGUGGAUACCUGGCACAUUCAGGAGUUUGAGGACAGCGAGGUCCAGCUGGAGAGCCCAGGGCAGCUGCAUGAAGGAGACACAUACCUGGUCCGCUGGACCUAUACUCUCAGCCCAGCGGAUCAAAGCGGGCAGCCUGGGAGGGAGUGCUCUGCUGUCUUCAUCUGGCAGGGCCGGCACUCCAGUAUCAAUGGGCGAGGCGCGUCUGCCCUCAGGAGUCAUGAGGGAACACAGGUGAUGGUGCCCCAGGGGCAGGAGCCUCCAUGUUUCCUUCAGCUUUUCCAGGGAGGUCUGGUCAUCCACAAAGGCUGCCGAGCGGACACCACCAACAACACAGGAGUCUGGCGUUUGUUCUGUGUGCGUGGGGAGCUGCCUGAGGAGGCCAGUCUGUUGGAGGUGGACUGUCGCUGUGGCAGCCUGCGCUCCCGAGGUUCUCUCAUACUGCUCAACAGUCAACAGGGGGCGCUCUACCUGUGGCAUGGCUGUAAGGUCCACGCCAGCUCCCGGGAGGCAGGCAAGAGGGCUGUGGAGCGACUCACUCAGAUGUGCCCUCCUGAACUGGGCCUCAGUAGUGAAAGCCCUUCGAGGGUGCAGGAAGUGGAGGAAGGGGCGGAGCCUGUGGAGUUUGGGAACGCUAUUGGGCAGCAGGACAGGAAGGCCUAUGACUGCAUGCUACAAGAUCCAGGGAAGUAUAACUUCACGCCACGCCUCUUCCAUCUGAGCACCCGUUCCGGAACCUUCCAGGGGGAAGAGCUGCAGAGCCCUGCCCGGUUGCCAGGGGUUGUCAUGGCGAUGCCCUUUGUCCAGGAGAGCCUGUACUUUGUGCCACAGCCAGCCCUGUUCCUUUUGGAUAACUGUAUGGAGCUGUAUCUGUGGCAGGCAGGUGAGCCUGAGGACAGUGAGACAGCUGGCUCAGCCUGUAACCGCUGGGCUAACGAGAGGAGGUGUGCCAUGCAGACAGUGCUCCAGUACUGCAAAGAGAGGAACCCAAGGCGCCCCCUUCAGGCCUACCUCAUCCAGGACGGAGCAGAACCCCUCACCUUCACCAACGUUUUCCCUCGCUGGGAGAAGAGACCCACACCCACCGCACAGGGGGAGGCCGGGCGGGUCAAGCUGACCUUGGUGCAGGAUGCCCUGGCCCAGCUCAGUAAGACCCAGUACCCCCUAGAGGAGCUGCUGCAGACCCCUCUGCCCGAGGGAGUGGACCCCCAGCGCCUGGAGAUAUACCUCUCCGACCACGACUUCCAGACUAUUUUGGAGAUGAAGAGAGAUGAGUAUGACUUCCUCCCAAACUGGAAACAAAUCAUCCUGAAAAAAAGCAAAGGACUAUUGAAAACCUGAACAAACACAAAAAGAUCCCAUUUAUGUCAACAUAUCCUGAGAUAUUUUGUUGUUGUUGUAUUUUCUAUUUUCAAGAUAAUUAUAUUUUCUUGUCAGGUGAUGACAAUUGCGUACAGUGUUUUCUUAGUAGCUGUUUCUAAGUUGUAUCUGUGUGUCUUCUUUAAGUAUGGUGCUUUAGGGCCUUAUUCGUUCUCAGCCAAUCGCUCUCACUUGCAGAGAGACAAGACUGCCUAUUACCGUCAAACAGAAGGACAGAACCAUCCUUAUCCCCAAUCAAUCAACUGGAUCCAUUUUCUUAUUCCUAGAGCUUACACGAGUGUGUGCUUCUCUUACCGACUAUGGAUUCCCCUCAGAAAUGUUAACUAAAAAGUUGAAGAAAGAGCGUUACACAUUUUCCUAUGAAACUUUAAUUUACCUGUACAAAUCAAUGGAGGAUAUAAAGAGAAAGUUGAAAAAGAGGAGGGGUAAGGAAACCUCACAAAACAUGCUUACAUACAACAACAACAAAAAAAUCAAUUGUAAUAAAUGACGGAAACCAGGAAAAUAAAGGAGUGGCCACUUU